ACAUGGUACAUUUGAGACCUGGUUCUAAUUCCAAGUGCUCUUAGUUCCAGUAUUUACUUGAAUUCUGCACUUCUCUGCUAGUCCAGAACAUAAUAUAAUUCCUAGAAACACCCGCUGUCACUCCAUGUUCAGGAAUGCUCAGAUGGCAAUUUCCUGUGGCCAUCAGUGCUGCCACAUCAAUGGGAGCAAUGGGAGGGGAGGAGGAAAUGGAAUUCAUGUGUUCUGGGGGCAGAGGUUGUGCGUACUGAAACAGCAAUGGGAGGAGGAACUGAAAACUUCCCGUUAAAGACUGGAGACCAUUCCCUCGCUUCCAGCAAGUGUUCAUUCUGCCCAGCACGUAUCAUUCCUUCUAGAACAACACAGCAAUGACAGUUUCAUGUUAAAGGACAGCAAUUUGUUCAUCCACAGCCUUGGAAUGACCGCGCUCACCUGACUGUCGCUGCUGAGGGAUGCUCAGCAAUCAGGCUGUAUUUCAGGGCUGGGCAUAAACGAACCUUUGGGUUUUUUCCUUAUAACAAUUUUCUGGAUGAACAAUCAGCCUUGCAACCUCCGUAACUUCAAUCUCGGUGUGAUAUGAAUUAAACACGCCCUGGAUUUUUACCCUACAGCCGCACUUCUUGUGUCUGCGAUGUCCUGUCUCUUCUCCAACAGCUCCAUUGCAGCUCCUCGGAGCACCUUGGAAGCCACGCAGCUUUUAACAUCCCUCCGUCGGCUCCAACCCCGCGGUCUCUCGCUGGCGGGCAACCCCUCGGUUCAGCCCCGCCGGCAGCGGAGCGGCUCCGGGUUCUGUCACAGAGCCUCAGCUCCGCCCAGCCCUCACCGUGAUGGAGCCUUGCUGGGCGCUGCUGGCCGCGCUGCUCCGCGCCGCGGGCGGCCGGAAUUAUUCACUGCCUUAUGCACCACAGUCUGCACAAUGCAGAGACCCCAGCACUGAAUUCUAUGAAGAAAGACUUGAGAAAUGUUGCAGCAAGUGCCCUCCAGGUCAACGUAAGGCAGAGAGCUGCGGUGGCAGCAUGGACACAAAGUGCAUCCCUUGUUUACCUGACAGCCAUACAGCCAUCCGGAAUCUGUCUCCUCAGUGCUUUGCUUGCUCUCCACCCUGCAGGAAAGGAUUUGUAGAGCGUCACACGUGCACGCUAUCACAGGACAGGACCUGCAGCUGCCCACCCAACAAGUACUGCAUUUCAAAGAUGUAAAGUGCAUAAAAAUGGGGCAAAGGUUACCGAGUCUCCAGAAGAGGUAAUUUAAUUCUCAGCUCUCAGAACUCACACACACAAAGCACAGACACAGAAUGUAAGCCCUGUCCCCCGUAAGAUUCAGAUGAGGAAUCUUAUGAUACCAGCUGCAUACUACAUACAGUUUGUAAACCAGUGGCUGUUGCAGGAAACGGCGUGAAUGAUGCUGUUUGCCAUGACUCAGUUGCCACAUUUCUGCCUCACACUGUUAUAAACCUCUUCCCCCCAAGCCAAAGCUCAACUUCCAGCAAUGGUGAAGUAGUAACACAGCCUGUCAUUUUCAACUCCGUGCCUGACAUGUCCUACAUCACUGGAUCAGUGACAGGGUCGUUGUUAUUGGGCCUGAUAAUUGCUGUUAUGGGGUAUUGUUUAUUCUCCAAAAAAGAGGCCCUUGCAUACUCACAACCAACUGAAGCAGUGGAUUUGAUGAGUCCGUUUUCCUCUACAGAGAAGCAGUGUGACAAAAAAGUAAAAAAUGCAGAAUUGCAAAGCUCCAGCAGUUCUGAACAGGAGGAGCAGCAUCUCUUGGAAACUCCUGGCCCAAGCAGCAGCUCUCUGGAUAAUCCAGCUGGAUCUGCAAGAGUCAGUGUAAUAAAUAACAAAGACAGUGAUAAGAAAGAAAGUUUCCAACAGCAUUAUGCAGCUGCAGAAGGGUGUAAGCUUCGCUGUGGAGCCAGGCACAGCUCUGCAAGUUCAGAACUCUCAGGUAAUGGAGGAAGGCAGGUGAGUGUGACUCGUGUUGUUAAAAUAUGUAAUACAGAUUAUGGCUCCCAGUUUCCAAAACAGACUGGUCCAGCUGGCAUGGGUUAUGGAAGUGCUCAAUGUUCUCCAACAGGGGGAGAAGCUCCCCUUUCAAAAGAAGAAAACCCCUUGAAAAAAGAAACUGAAAUUCAGAUAUUGGUGGAAGCCAAAGACAAUUUACUUCAGGAUUUACUUCUGGAACAGAAUUCUCCUCUGGGUGUUCAAGAUACGGGGAUAAAAACUGUUUCAAGGAAAUGACAGAUUUUAUACUGUUUGACUGAUAAUCAGAUCAGCCCUUAUGUUCACAACCAAACGUGUUUAGUGUAGCAUUUCUACAGAUUUGAAAUCUCAGAAGAAUUUACUUUUUUGAGGUUUUCAAUCUCUUCUUUGUCAGCUUUGAGAGUAAAAGAUGAGUUUUGAAUUAGUUACUAUUUUUUAAUGCUUACCGAUCUCAGGUAAUGAACUCUCUCUUGAAGGUUGCGUAAUCUAUAAAAACUGGAAGUGACCCAGACCUCAGAACCAGAAAAUCCUGUUCCAUCGUUCAUUUGUUGCUCAGUGCUGAGAUCCAUCCACCCACCUCUUAUAGAAAAUCAGUAGAACAGCAUCUACUCUGCGAAUGCAGAUGAGAAUCAGGCUUUUAAAACACAUACUUUAAACUUGCGUAUUACCGAAGAGGUUUAUUAGUACUUCUAGAACUGAGAACUGGCAAAUAGGUCUUUCAUCCUACUAUGAAGAAACAUUUUAUAACUUCAUGUUAAACUUGAAGGUCAUUUGAUUUUGUAUAAUGCCCUUUUCUGUUGUACUGAGUAUUUUAAUGUCUUACCCAACAGCUCCCAGUGCUGGGAGCACACUGGAAGAGCAGUGUCAGAGUUUUGAAGAAGUUUAAGAUUAUGUUAUAGAAGUUAAAUUUCUGGCUUUUCAGAGUGUGGAGCAGAGAGAAGGGGAAUUCAAUUCUUAUGUUGAAGUAUGAAAAAUGUGUUUGUAUUUGUUAAGAAAAAGAUAAAUAGUGUGUUUUUAUACUUAAACCUUUGUUUUCUACCUCCCUACUGAACCAAAAUUCUACUUUUUAGAAGGGCUUGUUUCAUUCUAUAGGCUAAA